AAAUUGAUGAUCAUUACCAUACUAAAGAACCCCAUGUACGUACGUACAUAUACCCAUCCAAGUGCCACUGACACACUCACUGACACACUCACAAGAAGAGCCUCUGAUGGCUGUAGCCCCUGGCAAUGACUCGAACAGUCAGCUCUUACAGACGUCUUGGUUCAUUAGCGCCGGUAGACUAUGCCCUCUCUGAGUAAGCAGACUGCACACACACUUCUCCCAGAGGAGCAACCCAUUCUAUGACAGGACCUGCAAUAAUGAGGUCAUCAAGAUGCAGAGAGCAGACCCUGAGCAGCUCACGAAGAUGACUGGUAUUGAGUACAUGCUUCUUCACGUCCAGGAACCAAUAUUGUUUGUAGUACGGAAGCAACACCGUCAGACGCCUGAGCGAGUCACUCCAUUGGCCGACUACUACAUACUGGGGGGCGUGGUCUAUCAGUGUCCUGAUCUCUGGUCUGUCAUCAAUUCUCGUAUGUUGUCUGCCCUCCACUGUGUACACGAGGCCUUCACUGAGAUCACAUCAUAUGCUCGCUACGAUCCCAGCAAGGGCUACUCGUGGCAGUUCCCCAGUGACACACCCUCGGAGAUAACGAAAGGGGCAGGAGCAGAACACCUCUCAGAGGAACAGCGUCGGAGGGUGGAUAGGCUACUCACUGACCUCACACACAAGUUCCCUCCAAAGGCCUUUGAGAAGAAGGACGGGGGUAGACCUGAGAUUAGUGAAAGGGAAGAGGACAAAGGAGCUCUCGACCAACCACCAGACGCUAAGAGAAACAGAUUAGCUUGAAUAACUCUACCAUUUAUAUUCUACUUUGUCAAAAUCAUGUUCAUAUUUUCCAUUCACAAUAAUUAUUAUGCAAAAAAAGUUGAUAGUUACAAUUG